CCAAAGAGAGCCAAGAUGGCGAAAAAACACUUCUCUAAGUUGGAGGUGAUGUUAAUGGUGAUGUUUAUGAUUAUGACUGUGAUAUCAAUCGCAUUCAUAGUUCUGUUUGCCACGGGACAAUCUGGUGUGAAAGAAGAAAUUACAGAUACAUUUGUGCCAACAUGUCCCAGCAUGCCUCUGGGUGAGAGAGUAGAUUGCUUCCCUGAUUCUGGAGCAUCACAGGAUAAAUGUCAGGAACGUGGCUGUUGUUGGAGUCCACGGGAUGAGAGUAAUGUUCCCUGGUGUUUCUUCCCAACCAACUAUGGAUAUACUGUGGAAUCACAGGAGACACCAAAUGCUUAUGCUAUAAAGGCAAAACUGACAAGAAUGGAAUCUCCAUCUCUAUUUGGUCAACACAUAAAAGAACUGGCAAUUGACGCAGAAAUGCAGACAAAGAAUCGACUCAGAUUUAAGAUUUAUGAUCCCAACAAUAAGAGGUUUGAAGUCCCCCAUGAGCACAUCUUCAACCCUACACCAUCCAGUCCCAUCAACAACACACUGCAGAUCACACAGAAACCCUUUGGCCUUACUGUACGCAGAGAGGAGAACCAAAAUGUUGUUUUCAUGGCCACUUUUGAUAUUGCUGGAUUUAUGGCAAAGCCGUCGCUUGCCCUGCUGGAUGUUUGUAGGAAGAGGGAUCUGCAUGAGGUGGCAACAUAUUACGGGAUCAGUGUCUCCACUGGUCUACGCAAAGUGGAGCUGAAGGCCGCUCUGGUGUCUGGGCUGUUGGAGAAGGGGGUGGUUGUAAUGCAAGAACCCCCGAGCACACCCAGUCCGGCUGGACCAAGUACAGCGCCUCAUGUUCCAAGCCAGGUCGUAGAACCGCCAGUGUCUGCACCUUCAUCGGAGGGUUCUAAGCAGGAUGCUAGGCUCAAAGUCCGUCUGGCUCAUCUCCAACUGGAAAAGGAGGAGCGUGAGAGAGAGUUCCAGCUGAAAAAGGAGUUAGAGCUUAGGCGUUUGGAGGUGGAGCUGGCUAGUGCUAGGGAGGUCGAGCUGAAGAAGGUGGAGGUGGAGACUAAGGUCAAGCUGCGACAGCUGGAACUCCAGCAGGCCUCCUCCCCUCCUGUGGCGGCCUCGCUGUCACAGACAGAGCGGAUGGCAGUACAUCUGAGCGAACAGAAGGUCUCCACAUUGCAGCAGGCCGCGACACUGGCUGACGAGUUUGCACUCGUCCAUAAAGCCAGUGUCGCUAAGCAUGAGCGACGCGACACCCUAGCGAAGGCUAGCGGUGCUAGUGCGGACUGCGAGGCCUACAGGCGAAGACAGCCAGCCUCAACACCACGUAAGCCAAUAGGGAUGGGGCUGGUUAAAAUCGCUUCUCCUGUUAACAGACCCCUUAGCACUGAGACUCCUGAUGAAUGUUUUAAACCCUUCAUUUUUAAAGGAGCGGUGUCGCUCUCUGGUGAGCCUGAAGAUGAGCGUACUGUGACCAUUUUACGUGACACAGGUGGCUCACAGUCCCUCAUACUGGCCAGUGCACUUGCCUUUGAUGAAAAGACUGCCAGUGGCACUGACGUUAUUGAUGUGAUGCCCUCCGAGGAGGAGGCGGGUCCUGAUGCCAAGGAACUGGCUCAAGAGGUAGCUGAGCCUGCUCCUGAACCUGCAGCUCCCCCUCUCCUCAUGCAGGAGGCCCUUAUGAUUGCUCAGAAAGAGGACCCGUCAUUAGCCAAAUGUUUUGCCACCGUAGAUGAGACUGAUAGUCCGACAGGAGACAGGAAGCAGACGUUUUUGGUUUGUGAUGGAUUGUUAAUCCGCAGAACCUGGCCAAUUUUCACAAGAGAUGCUUUUCCUAAUGGGGGAACACAUAACCUCUAUGGACACUAUCCCUUUUUCCUCUGUCUGGAAGAUAAUAAUGGGAAGUCAUUUGGGGUCUUUCUCCUGAACAGCAAUGCUAUGGAUGUGACACUGCAGCCCGCCCCAGCUGUGACCUACAGGACAAUUGGAGGGGUGCUUGACUUCUACAUUUUCUUUGGUGACACACCAGAACAAGUGGUGCAUGAAUUCCUCAAGCUCAUUGGCAAGCCUGUCAUUCCUGCCUACUGGUCACUGGGAUUCCAGCUUUCUCGGUGGAACUAUGGCAACCUCAGUAUAGUCAAGGAAACAGUGGAGAGGAACCGUGCUGUGGAUCUUCCAUAUGACAUUCAAUAUACUGACAUAGACUACAUGGAAGAUAAAAAGGAUUUCACCUAUGACAAGGUGAAGUUUGCAGAACUUCCACAGUUUGCUGAAUACCUCCAUGAGAAGGGGCAGAAAUAUAUCCUCAUCCUGGAUCCAGCAAUAGCCACCAGUAAGAGGGUUGGGGAUGCUCCGUACGAGUCCUAUGACCGUGGAACUGCGAAAAAUGCUUGGGUCACUGAAUCAGAUGGAGUGACUCCUCUAAUAGGAGAGGUGUGGCCAGGAGAGGCUGUAUUUCCAGAUUACACCAGCCAAGCCUGCAUAGAUUGGUGGGUGGAUGAGUAUGAGCGAUUCUACAGGGAGGUCAAACAUGAUGCACUGUGGAUUGACAUGAAUGAGGUCUCUAAUUUCAAGCAAGGAUCAGCAAAGGGCUGUGCUUCAAACAACCUCAACUACCCUCCAUUCAUUCCAAACAUUCUCGACAACUUGAUGUACAGUAAGACUCUGUGUAUGGAUGCCAAGCAGUCUUGGGGAAACCAUUAUGAUGUCCACAGUCUGUACGGCUACUCUAUGGUGCUGGCUAGUGAAAAAGCUCUGCAGCGUGUUUUUGGAGCAAACCGUACCCUGUUGCUGACCCGCUCCUCCUUUCCAGGUGUGGGAAAAUAUUCAGGUCACUGGCUGGGGGACAAUGGUGCCAACUGGAAUGACAUAAAAUGGGCUAUCCCUGGCAUGCUAGAGUUUGGCCUCUUUGGAAUACCCUAUAUUGGAGCUGACAUCUGUGGUUUCUUUGAUGACUCCACUGAGGAGUUGUGUCGUCGCUGGAUGCAGGUCGGGGCUUUCUACCCCUUCAGCCGGAACCACAACGCUGAGGGGUACAAGCCUCAGGAUCCAGCUGUAUAUGGUGCUGACUCAGCACUGGUCCGGAGUUCCAAACAUUACCUGAACAUACGUUAUACACUUCUGCCUUACCUCUACACGCUAUUCUACAAAGCCCACACUGCAGGAGAGACUGUUGUACGUCCUGUUCUGCAUGAGUUCUAUUCUGACAGUGAAACCUGGACAGUAGAUCGCCAGUUCCUCUGGGGAAAAUACCUGCUCAUCACACCUGUAUUGGAUCCAGGUGUGGAUAAGGUGUCGGCAUAUCUACCUGAUGCUCGGUGGUACGACUACGAGACGAUGGAACAAGUGGCAGACCGCAAAAGGCAUGUUGAAAUGUACCUACCAGCAGAGAAGCUUGGAUUACACAUCAGGGGUGGAGCAAUCCUCCCAACACAGAAGCCUAAUGUCACCACAACAUACAGUCGGCGUAAUCCCAUGGGUUUGAUCAUUGCUCUUGAUGACCAUGACAGCGCAGCUGGAGAGCUAUUUUGGGAUGACGGGGAUUCCCGAGACACAGUUAAGAAUAGCAACUACAUCCACUACAAGUUCACUGUUACCCAGGGAACACUGACGAUGCAGGUGACCAACAAUGGUUACAAUGACCCAAACAACCUUAAGUUUGACAACAUUAUUAUCCUUGGGGUACCUACUGUUCCCGUAUCCGUCUCUGUGACUCAUGUUGAUGCUACAAACACUACUACAAUAUUAGAUAACAACAAUAUAGACUACGAUGGAGCCAAGAAGGUGCUCACCCUGCAGAACCUUGACUUGAUCUUGGGGGAGACCUAUGUGGUAGAGUGGAAAGUACUACGUAUUAACUGUCAUCCAGAGGACAAUGCAGAUCAGGCUAAGUGCGAGGCCAGAGGCUGUAUCUGGGAUCCAAUUGCCAUUGAAGGUGCCCCAAAUUGCAUCUAUCCAGAAGACUAUGGUUACAAUGUCACAUCAUUAAGGGAAAGUAAUGAGGGGAUGACAAUUGAUAUCAUUCGGAACACAAAGUACAGGAGCAGUGGUCGUCCACAGUCCCGUGAUAUUGACACACUCCGUGUUGACAUUAAAUAUCACAGCAGUGACAUGCUGCAAUUCAAGAUCUAUGACCCAAAUGAUGAUCGCUAUGAGGUACCAGUGGAGUUGUCGGUUCCUACAACUCCUGAGACUGAAGAGAGCAAUAGGCUUUACAGGGUCGCUAUUGUCCAGUACCCAUUCGGCAUCCAGAUUAUUAGGAAUAGCACUGGGACUAUAAUUUGGGAUUCAUCUGUGCCAGGUUUUACCUUCUCAGACAUGUUCAUCCAAGUGACAACUAGACUGCCAUCUCAGUAUGUUUAUGGUUUUGGGGAAACAGAGCAUAAAACUUAUAAGCACGAUCUAAACUAUCAUACCUGGGGUAUGUUCUCCAAGGACCAGCCUCCUGGUUACAAGAUGAAUUGCUAUGGAGUCCAUCCCUUCUAUAUGGGUCUUGAGAAUACAGCUGAUGCUCACGGUGUGCUGCUGCUAAACAGCAAUGCUAUGGAUGUGACUUUACUGCCUGGUCCAGCUUUAACCUACCGAACUCUGGGAGGCAUCCUGGAUUUCUACGUGGUCAUGGGUCCGACGCCUGAGAUGGUGGUGCAGGAGUACACUCAAUUGGUUGGACGACCUGUUCUACCUGCCUAUUGGUCCCUUGGGUUCCAGCUCUGUCGCUAUGGUUACAGAAAUGACAAGGAAAUAGAAACGCUAUACACAGAAAUGAAGACAGCUGGUAUCCCCUAUGAUGUGCAGUAUGCAGACAUUGACUACAUGGAGCGUCAGCUUAACUUUGUCCUGGACAAAGACUUUCAAGGACUGCCUGCCCUGGUUGAUAGCAUGAGAGACGAGGGCAUGAGAUUCAUCUUCAUUCUGGAUCCCGCCAUCUCAGGUAAUGAGACCCAGCCCUAUCCAGCUUUUGAGAGAGGGAUAGCAGCAGAUGUUUUCAUCAAAUGGCCCCAAACCAUCAGUGAUGACAUUGUGUGGGGGAAGGUGUGGCCUGAUUAUCCCAAUGUCACUGUAGAUGAAAGUCUGGACUGGGAUACUCAAGUAGAGCUCUAUAGGUCAUUCACCGCAUUUCCAGACUUUUUCCGGAACCAAACGGCAGAUUGGUGGCACACAGAAAUUAAAGAUUUCUAUGAGAAUACCAUGAAGUUUGAUGGUAUUUGGAUCGACAUGAAUGAGCCUGCAAGUUUUGUCCAUGGCACAGUUGGAGGAAAGUGUCUUGGUGAUCCAGUUCUGGAAAAUCCACCAUAUAUGCCACCCUUGGAGUCAAAACAUCUUGGUUUAAACCAUAAGACUCUGUGUAUGAACAGUGAACAGAUACUCAGUGAUGGAAGAAGAGUCAGACACUAUGAUGUCCAUAGCCUCUACGGCUGGUCCCACUCCAAGCCUACCUAUGAUGCCCUUCUGGAUGUGACAGGUAAAAGAGGCAUAGUGGUCACCAGGUCCACCUACCCCUCUAGUGGAAAAUGGGUUGGACAUUGGCUUGGAGACAACAAUUCUAGUUGGGAUCAGCUUUACAAAUCCAUUAUAGGUAUGAUGGAGUUCAGUCUGUUUGGCAUCUCUUACACCGGGGCAGACAUAUGUGGGUUCUUUAAUCCAGCUGAAUAUGAGAUGUGUCUUCGUUGGUCACACCUGGGUGCCUUCUAUCCAUACUCACGCAACCACAAUGGCAAGGGUAACCCGAGGCAAGAUCCUGUUUCUUGGGAUGCGGCAUUCGCCACUGCAACCCGGGAUGUUCUGAACAUCCGUUACACCCUCCUGCCCUAUCUGUACACUCUGAUGUUUGAGGCACAUACGAAAGGAAGCACAGUGAUCAGACCACUUUUACACGAGUUUGUGGAUGAUAAAACUACAUGGGAAAUCUACAGACAGUUCCUGUGGGGACCUGCCCUGCUCAUCAGCCCUGCGCUGGACCCAGGAGUCACAACUGUAAGAGGAUAUAUUCCUAAAGACCGCUGGUAUGACUUUCACACUGCCAAAGAUGUUGGAGUGCGUGGCACAAUGGUUGACAUGCCAACACCCAUGAAUCAUAUUAACCUUCACGUCAGAGGAGGAUAUAUCUUACCCUGGCAGAAACCAGAGAACACUACAUAUUACAGUCGGAAGAAUCCUUUAGGACUGAUCGUUGCCCUGAGUGACGCUGGAACUGCCAAGGGAUCAUUCUUCUGGGACGAUGGUGAAGGAAUAGACACAGUGGGGAACAAAAGAUAUCUUCAUGUCACAUUUUCAGUGGAGUCGAGCACCUUGACCAGUGAUGUGGGAACAUCUGGCCUGGAUGCUGCAGAUUAUUUGAAGCUGGGUGUGGUGAGGAUUUGGGGCGUGGGAACUGAGGUCACAGAGGUUACCAUAACUUUAAAUGACGGCCCUCAGCCACUAACCCCACAGCACAACCUUGAAUCACAGGAGCUGACCAUAGAUAUUACUGAUCUGAAUGUGAAUGUGCAUCAGACUUUUCUGUUAACAUGGAAGACCAAGGCUUGAGUGCAGUAUUUGUGUUCACUUGUAAAAAAAAAAAAAGAGAUCUUAAAAUAAGGGUUUAUUAAUUUAAACAAAGAUGUGAAGAAUACAUAUUGUUUUUGAACAUGAAAUGUGAAACCUCAGUGCCUCCCAUCAACCUAUAAAACCGAAUAAUGUUUUCCUUUUUACCGUUACACUGUGCCUUUAAAACAAAUGUUUGAUUUACUCUAAAUAACUUCAGAACUUUAUUGUCAUUCAAUAUCCCAAAAUGUGUGAUACCGUAGAAAAAAAUAAUGACUGCCAAUCAUGUCUAUGGUAGGAAUAUUUUUUCUUGCAAUCAUGUAUGCAUGCUGAUUACUUUUAAGAAAAUGAGAAUAAGGUAAUGUUAGGAACUGCAACUGCAAUAAACUCUGUGCAUCAUAUGCAUGUCUGUUCCUGCAAAUAAGAUAUGAAUAAAUCAGUGAAUUAAAAA